UCCCUGGCCUGUGUUAUAAAGUCAGACUAGAUGAUCACAGUGGCCAUUCCUGACCUUGGAAUCUAUGAACCUGUGAUGGGGGAGCCAUAGAUGCCAGACAGCCUCUGGUACCAUAUGGGAAUGGCCAGUGAGCAAACCCGGGGGUGGCGUAGGCCUGUGUGUGCUGCGUCUAGAGGUCUCUAAUGCGGGUGCCUGGCUCUGGUGCAGGUCUCCUGGAUACCCGUGUGGAGCUGCCCCUCCUGGCCAUCAUUGUUGGAGGAGCCUUGGCACUGGGGACUCUCGUCUGCCUCAACACCCUCAUCAUCUGUGUUGUCUGCAGGAAGGGGAAGAAGGCGUCAGGGCUCUCUGGACCUACGCAACCGCCUCCGAGCGAUUCCAACAACCUGAAGCUGAACAGCGUGCGACUGCCACGAGAGAACAUGUCCCUCCCAUCCAACCUGCAGCUCAAUGACCUCACACAAGAAGCCAAAGCCAGCCGUUGGGACGCAGGAAUCCAGACUGAGCGGAAGGACGAUGCCCUAUCAGAGCCAGAGAACAGCCUGGGCCUUGGUAAUAGAGGUUUCGUCCGGUUCCCAAUGGUUGGGCACAUUUACAAAGUGUCCAGCAUGAGCAGUGAUGAGAUAUGGCUGUGAAUGUGUAGGCAGGACACUCCUGUGGGGGUCCAGGUUCUCCCUCAGUCUCCUGGGAUGAGUCCACUGAUCCAUCGGCACUGCAGACCCAUCCAGGAGCUGCUGUUCUCCCCAGGAUCCCAGACUACAGCAGCCAGCUCAGAACAAGCUCUCUGUGUAACUACCACCAGAGCUCCAGGUGAGAAAAGUGCAACGUCACCAAGUUCCUGUGACUGCAGGUCUUCCACACCAUCCUACCCCAAGCAUCUCUGGGCUCUUCUGCUCUUGCACUUGAGUAGGUUAGCUAGUCUCACCUAAAACAUCAUGGAGUCUGAUUUUUAAGAACUCUCCAGUGUGCUGGGGGGCAGGUGGAGCACCAAGAGUGGGAAUGGCCUGUUCGCCUGUCCAGGAGCAAGAGAAAUUCAUACAUGUAACAGCCACGGUCAUUUCAUCUCCACUCAGCCAUGGGAGCACCCAGCUAUGUCCAUCUCUGAACGGAUCAGGGCUGCGUACUGGAGCUCCUGCGAGGAGUCUGAAACUGCUGGGAGUGGAAGAGGGUGAGGUAAUGUCAGCAUCUUAGGGAAGCAUGUGAGUAGGGGGGAUUGGCAGGAAGCCUGGCUUGCCCAAACUCCAAUCUCAGUCAGUCAAACAUUCCUUCUCGGGCCUGGCCAAGUACCUAAGCCCAGUGGCUCCUGAUCUGCUGCUUGGGGUGGUAGGAAACCCAGAAGAUCAGGCUCUAGGUGUUCCAAGCUAGGCUUCAAAAAUUAGGGACCACCUUAGAAAACGUGGCCUGUCCUGUGUGUGUUGAGGAUCGUAUCAUACAGUGAGAGAUGGAACAGACUUACCUCCCCAUGGGGCUGGGAGGGGAGACGCACUCCAGGAACGGUAUAGUGCUGAAACCCAAAAUAGCAAGCACUGAGGCCAUUAUUUGUGAGCUGUUCUAGUUCUGUGUAUUCACCCUGCUAGGGAAAAGUAAACCUCACCAGUUUGGGAUGAGGGAACACCAAAAGAGUGCAAGUACCCCCUGGUGCUUCUCAGCCUCCAGUUAACGCCAGCCCUAUCUUGGGAGAGCAGUGAUGGGCUGCUUCUGGUUAUCCCAUAAUCAACCUCUUUGUGAGAAAGAACAUGGGGUAGUUUCUGCUUGGAGCCCACAGCUGUCUCCUGGAGAAGAACUAGAAUAAUAAAAGGAAGUUCAUAAUCUUUGAAAAGAACAUUUAGGAGAGAUGUAUCCCUGCUCUGUCUUCAGUUACACUCAUGCAAUUCCCCUGUGGACAAGGGAUAGGUAUGGGUGUGCCUGAGGGUAGUUAUCACUCUAAUUCUUCACCCCUCUGAACCUAGACACUGCAGCGCACACAGGACAUUUCUAUGUGAAAAACCACUGCAGACCCUAACCAUCCAUUGCAAUAACUGCUGUGUAAUUCCUACAGUCCAGAGUUGCUGCAGCACCUGGGCAUUAGGAUGGCUUUGAGGUUUUUUAGCCUUUGCUUUGUUAGUGUCUUGCUUAGGCAACUAUCUCUCUCCAUCAAUGUGCAUCUGGAAAGAGCAAUUCUUUCCUGGGAGACUCCCAUUUUUGGUCCUUCUCUCAUACCAAGAAGAUGGAAUAAGCACAAAUAGAAGUGCUGGUGGAAAUAAAUACAUCUGGCCAUGCAGGCUGACCAGCCUCUGAGUAAUACAUUAAGCUAUGCAUCAAAUUAUCUAGCAGGUGUUAGCUCAGUUAGUUGUUUUAAGAUGCUGCAUUGUUAGCCGAGGCAUGUUUUUAUGUAACUUAGGCACUUUUAAGAAUAAAAUGCUAUAAUCAAAGUGUAAUGCAGAGGUCUUUGUAAAUUGACUAAUGCUCUGCUGAGUUGAGUGCUGCUAUGUCUCUGGCAGGAGUUGAUGGGAUGGAGGGACCUGCUUACCUUGUUGUAGCUGCUUUAAUGAGGGAGCCUUAGGUGGUCCUCACCUCAAGGAUCUCUUUCAGAGCACUGACUCAACAGUGUCUGGAAAUUUCUUCCAACAGCAAUAAACCAAAUAAUUGUC